AUGGCACGCGCUCACAUAAGUCCACUAAUUAAAGCUCAGGCAUCAUCAUCACAAAGCUCUUCAUCGUACACAUCAAUAGCUGAUCAAAUGUGCUCAUCGGUUGAAACAUCAUUACAAUUACAAAGAGAAUCAGAUAAUGUGUCAAGUCAUUUACUGUCUACAUUAUCAUCUCCCUAUCAAAAAUUAGAACAUUCAGCCGCACGAGAUCGAAUCGCAGUAAAAAAUAAACGAAAACUACCAGCCAAAUAUCGGUUGAGUAGUCUAAGAGAAAUUGAUGAUAAUCAAGCGAACUUAUUUUCAACAGAAUACGAUGAUGAUCAAGACAUUUUUCCAUUGCGAAUUGAAUCAAAAGCUCAAUCACAAUCUGUCAUUAAUCUUUCGGAUUUGGAUAAAGCGCACAAUUAUUUGCGAAAAUCUUCUCGUAUUCGUGAUCAUUCUGCUGAUAAUAUAAUUUCAUCGAAGUCGACAGUUCCAUCUUAUGUUUCAUCUACUCAACGAGUGACAAGUUUCAAACGUCCACAAGACAUCAAUCAGACAACAUUUUUUAACCGAUCCUUGUUUACAAUAAAGACUCAUGAAGAGCACGAAGAGGAAGAAAACAAACAUGAAUCAAUAUUACAAGAUACGAAUGCAAAUAAUUCAAGUUCAUCACAACUAAUCACAUCUUCAUCAUCGCCAGAACAUAUUUAUGAUAAUUCAAGUAUAUUUACUUAUCAUAAAACAAACAUUACACCUGGUAUAACAUUAAACGAAGAAGAUUCAUCAACAAAUAACAUUGUAAAAACACGAGAACGCCGUACGUCAGCGACUAAUCGUUUAAGGCCGGUUACGAUGCACAUAACGACAAAUAAUGAUAAACAAAUAAAUGAAUUUGAAAAUGUUUUUAAUCAAAUAAAAAGUCAAGGUUUACAUAGAAAAGUUCAACAUAAGGAGGAAACAGUAUAUGCGUCAGUUCCACACCAAAAACUUUCAUCACGUCCAUCAUCCAUGUUUAUAGAAGAAACACCUACGAUGUUUCCCAAUGAAAACGAACCCAUGUUUUCAGUUGUUAGUUCAGCAAAUAAAACAAUCGAAACGUUACAACUACCAAAUCGACAAAAAUCACCAGGUCGUACAAGCUUAUCGCCGAAUAAUAAGCUGAUUACAGACGCUCAUAAAGCAGCACCAUCAUGGGUUGAUAUUGCAAAACAAAAACAAAGCAAAUUUAGUCAAUCGGGAUUCAUCGAAAAAAACCAUCAAGAAGAACCCGAGCAUCAACCAAUAUCCACGAUAGUUCCUAAGAAACAAAGUGCCACUAUUUCAUCUGACAUACAUGAACGAGUGAAAGAAAGCAGCUCUGAUGAUACUCACUCCAUUAGAAAAUCAACUUCUAAUCCUACUGCUACACGACGAUCAUCACCACGAAUAAUACAACCGACUAUACAUGCAAUGGAACGAGAUUCGAUACGAGCAUUAAAAGCCAAUAAUCCAAAUCGAAUAAACAAUCUAAUUCAACUUUUCGACAAAUAA